AUGUCAGACACACAAAUCACGGCGGAGAACGAGUUAGGUCAGCAGCUGAAGUCUUUGGUGUUGAAAAAGCUUCAAUCAAUCAAUUUCACAGACGAUCCAGAAUACGUUUCCGAGUUUAUCGUGAUUCUAAUUUCCAACAACAGGUCACCAGAUGAAAUCACCAAUGAGUUGUCCAGUUUGUUUGGAGACGCCAUCAAUCAACAAUUUGUUCUGUCCAUUUUCCAGGAUAUACAAGGACUGAGGAGUGACGCACAGAUUCAACAUCAACAGCCCCAAUAUCAGCAACAAAAUGGACAGGAACAAGUACAGUUACAACAACAACAGCAACAGCAACAGCAACAGCAACAGCAACUAGAGCAACAACAGCAGCCACAGCAAGUGAUCUCUCAAGCACCAACCACAAACAGCCUACCCCCUCAAUCGGCUUUUGCUAAUAUUCCUGAUAGACCCCGUUCAUUUGCCACAAACAACAAACGAGGCCGUGGAGGAAUUAAUAAGCAGAAUGGUAGAAACAAUAAUGCCAGAUCCAAUUUUGCCCUUAAGAAUGAGGAGAAUUUUUUAAGUGCAAUGGAUUCGACAAUGAACAUAGCCCAACCAUCCAAUCCUGACCAGGAGGUCGAGGGAUCUAGUUUUGUUUCCAAGAAGGGAAACCGUUGCCAAUACUUCCCACAUUGCAAGAACAAGCAGUGCCCAUUCGGCCAUCCUACAAAGACCUGUUUUGCAUUCCCCAACUGUCCAAAUCCCGCUGGAACUUGUAAUUAUCUUCAUCCAGGUGAGGAUGAUGCACUGAUUGCCGAGCUGGAGAAGACCAGAAAAGAAUUCCAAGAAAGAAAGACGUUUAGCCAGGCCAAAUUGAUGAAACAAGUGGAACGUCAAGUUCAGGAGCAGUUGAAGAAAACUUUGGAGCAAGGUCAAAUCGGUAUAUGUAAGUUUGGCAAUAUGUGUUCCAAGGAAAUGUGUCCAUUUGGUCACCCAACUCCAGCUAACAAUGCUGCUCGAGUCACGGUGCUAGAAUGGUGCCCAGAAGACAAGCAAUGCUCUAAUCCGGACUGUCCAAAGGCUCAUCGAUCACCUGAACACAAGAUCACCGAAGAAGAGAAACAACAAAAACAACAGAGGGCUUUGGAACAAUGUCGAUUUGGUAAAUCAUGCCGUAAUUACAAGUGCCCAAGACGUCACGCAACUACUCCUGUACUGUGUCGUGAAGGCAACAGUUGUACCAGACCAAACUGUUUUUUCACUCAUCCAAUUGAUGAGGAUUGUAAGUUUGCAGCUGGAUGCCGCAACCCUAACUGCCCAUUUAAACACCCAGAAGGUCGUGAGAUUAGUGCUGGUGCACCGGUGACUAAUGCUGUGUGGACUCCCGAAACUGGCGCUACUAGUGAAAGACAGUUUGCUGUCCCAGAGGACCAGAUUAUGGAACAAGUUCCGUUGCAAAACUAA